CCCGGCCUCCCCUUGAACGUGGGCAAGAGAGAGAAAUAAAAACAGAGAGAGAGAGAGAGAAUACUGCCUUCUUUUUUCUUCUGAAAAGUCCCUGUUUUACACCUCACCCUACCUCAGCUUUCAACAGCCUUCGAUCGAAAAUCGAAGCCCGGAAAAUAAAGAAAGAGAGGAGGGGGAGGGAAGAAAAGGGGGGAAAAAUCAUUUCUUUCUCUGCUUAUUUCAGAAGGGAAGACCGAAAAGCGCUCCAAAAUCCAACCUGUAAUCUUUUUACCUGCUGCUUUUCUCGUCGAUUUUGAGGGCUCGAGGAGGAUGAGCGAGUUCGAUGUCUUCGAUUCCCUUCCGGCGUAGUCGCAGCGGGUUUGGUUCUUCAUGGCAAAGCGAGUCUAUCAAGUUUGGAAGGGAAACAAUGUAUUCAUCUUCAGGGGAAGGCUGAUAUUUGGUCCUGAUGCUAGGUCUCUGUUUAUCACUAUUUCGCUCAUCGUUGUUCCCGUUGUUAUCUUCUGUGUCUUUGUUGGGAGACAUCUUCUCCACAAGUUUCAUCCCUAUAAUGCAGGAUAUGCGGUCUUGGUGGUUGCAAUAGCCUUUACAAUCCACAUUUUGUUACUGCUGCUGGUGACUUCAGCUCGAGAUCCCGGUAUUGUACCACGUGCUUCACACCCUCCAGAAGAGGAAUUCUCUUAUGAUACUUCUGAGGUUGGUGGGAGGCAUACACCCAGUCUACAAUUUCCCCGCAUUAAAGAAGUAAUGGUUCAUGGAAAGGCUGUGAAAGUAAAAUAUUGCGAUACCUGUAUGGUUUAUCGCCCUCCACGUUGUUCUCACUGCUCCAUAUGCAAUAAUUGUGUGGAACGCUUUGAUCAUCACUGCCCCUGGGUGGGACAAUGCAUUGGACAGCGCAAUUAUCGAUACUUUUUCUUUUUCGUUUCUUCCUCAACUCUUCUCUGCAUCUAUGUGUUUGCAAUGUCUGCACUGUACAUCAAGUUUCUUAUGGAUAACGAUUAUCCUACAGUAUGGAAGGCAAUCAAAAAGUCUCCUGCGUCCCUGAUACUGAUGAUCUAUUGCUUCAUUUCCCUGUGGUUUGUUGGUGGUCUCACUGGAUUUCAUUUAUACCUUAUUGGUACUAACCAGACAACCUAUGAGAAUUUCCGAUACAGAGCAGACAACAGGUCCAAUGUCUAUAACCUGGGUUGUCUGAAUAACUUCUUAGAAGUUUUCUGCACAAAGAUCAAACCAUCUAGAAACAACUUUCGAGCCUAUGUACAGGAGGAAGUUGCAAGACCUCCCACAAUCAGCCGUGCUAGGGAGGUAGAAGAUGAACCAGCUGGUGGCCCGCGUGCAAAAGUCGAAGAUGAUCUUGAGUUAGGUGGGGAUCUAUUGAAGAUCUCCCAGCGUCGUAAUUAUGAAGAGGUAGAUGAGGAGAUGGGUGGCAGAAACAGCAAUGGGAUCCACAGUGUUCUCUCAGAGUCCGAACUUGUGAUAGAUCCAGACACACAAGCUCCGGUUAGUAGAAGCGAGGUGAGGGAUUCGAGCUUGGGUAGGACAAGCAGGAACUGGGAUAUCUUACCGGACGUUAUGGCAACCAGUUCUUCCGCCACUGAAGGUGGAGUGCCAUUACAAAAGGAUGCACGUUAGUCAGUCAUACACCUAUUUAUACUGUGAAAAGCUGGGAUACUAUCAGAUGCUCGGAUCCUUUAAAAGGAAGAAAAGGGGAAAAAAAAAUGAAGGGAAAGAAAGAAAAGGCAGGAGGGCUUCUGCACUUGAACUGGUCUUUUAGGUGUAACAAGCUUCAUUUGUUCUUGCAGUAGGGCAUGUAUGUGUUGAUGUUUAGUUCAGUUGAAGAAGUGAAGGAAUUUGAAAGCCCUAGCUGGCUGCUUCUUUUUUUUCGUUUUCUUUUUCUAUUUUGCUGUUUAUGUUAUACUUUGAUCUGUGGAUUCUCUGAAUUGUGGCAUAUUCUUUCUGUAAAGCACUGUUGUAGUAGGAUGUCCGAUGUUAUCCAUAUUUUUUACCUCCUCUUUUAUCCAAAA